GUGUCGACAAAUCAAUCCCGACCAAUCGGUUAAGAAAAGAGAUCACUUUUGUCGAAAUUUCGUCAGUAGAUGAAUCAGAAUGACUAAAGAUCACAACUUUUCCGCGGAUCAAAACACUCAGCCCAUCGAUUCUCUUCCCUCUUCGCCUUCUGAUUCUGGUGGAGAAGAUAAAGAUGGUUGGUUUGGGAAUUUAGGAGAUGAAUUUAAUAUUCAGGACACUGUACCUUUUGAGGACGAUGCUUGGAUCAAUGAUGAGUAUAUGGAGACUCAGGUCAUAGACAACGAUGAGUUUCUCCUUUGUCGGGAAACUCAAGCUGUGGAUUUGGGAUUUGGAACUCAAGAAGAACCAUUUGUGGAUGAUGAGCAGUUACUCCAAGGUUUUGAUGGCUUGGCUACGCAGGUGCUGGAUCAUUUUGAUGAAGAUAUUGAUGAUGAUGUUACUGGUUUCUUGGUGGACAACAAUGAGGUCUCUGACUGUGGUGACUCGAACAGUAGAGGAGGAUUUCUGUUAUCGAGUGAGGUUAAGAAUAGAGAGCAUGUUGAUGAGAAGGUUAAAUCAACGGGUGGACAGGAUCCUCGGUCGAGUGGACAUGAAAACGUUAAGCCAACGGGAAAGGUGGCUAGGUUCGCAUCAGUUCGUUCAGCAGCUUUUCGUGCUUCUGCUGUUGCAUCCCAAAAGCUUCUCCACAGUGACAGUUCUACUUUAGCUAGCUGUCAUUCUACUGGUCAAGGAGCCACACAUGAUCCUCGUCUAGAACAAAAUUUUGGAGAAGAAGGAAAUCAGAACUGUCCUCCUCCCUGUACGUCUGGUGAAAAGAAAAAUGAAGGAAAAAGAACAGCGAGGAAGCUUUUAUUUGAGGAUGAUUCGCCUGAAGAGAACUGCCCUUCUCCUGGUUUGAGUUAUAUAGACUCUCAAGAGCCUGGUGAGGCAUCACAGGCCAAUGCUCUUAACUUCGUUGAUAAACUCAUUAGUGACUCAGGUCUAAAGUUUGAUGUUGAAGUUGAAGCUGAUUAUGGAAGAAGAACAGAAGAAACAUUUAACAAAAUCCCAAGUGUUAAAGGUCCACAAGAAUUAGCAAAGAAAGCAAGUUACAAAGCGAGAGCUCUUGUAAACACUAUGUUCGAGUGGGAUGAUAAUCGUGAGGAUGAAGGAGGGGGUGAUAUUUUCCUUAGAAGAAAAGAAGAAUUUUUUGGGGUUGCAAGUAAAUCUUCGUCCUUGCCUAGAGAACAGAGAAGGGAACUGAUACAUGAAAGUCAAAGAAGGGUUCAGUCUGAUUCUAGGCUUUUGCAGCGUUGUGUGACUAGGGGUCGAAAGAUGAUCCAAGCUCCUAAAAAGAAUCUUGGCAAAGAGUUAAAUGCAGUUUCCGAAGAAGGUAAUAAUAAAAUAUCUGAUGUGCGUGACUUGGUAGAUUUAGGGUAUGAUGCACAAGUGGCUGCUCAAGCUGUUGAUGCUGUGCGCUUGGGAGAUCGCAGCAAAGUUAAUGCUGAAGCUAGUACAGGAAAUAAACUCUCUCCGGGGGAAGAGAGAGGGUUUUCUAAUGGUGGAGUCAUUACUAGACAAUCCAAGGGAACUAAGAGGAUACAGGCUAUGGGUAAAGAUGAAUUGUUGAAUAGAAGGAUGAAUAAGGCUAGUCCUAGUCCUGCUAAAGCUUGUAGGAAGAGCACUGAAAGGUCUUUAAAGAGUGACCAGCUUGAUAAGGAAGGUCCAUGCGGCUGGAAGAGAAGUAAAGUCACCACUGUUUCACGAGAGAGUAAAAGGAAUGUCGUUGAUGAGUUGGAUAAAGUUUCCAAGGAAAGUAAUACAAAAAUGUUUGAUAGGCAUGAAGAGGUAGAAGCAGGCCCUGAUACGCAGAUGGCUGCUGAAGUGAUCAGUGCUCUGCACACUGGAGACCCCAGGGAAACUGAUCAUGAGGGUAAGAAAUCUUCACGUGGAGCUGUUACCAGGAAAUCAAAGAGACUGAAGGGGAUCCAAGCUGAAGAUAAUGAUGUUGAAUCGUUGAAACCAAAAACCAAGAAAGCUAAAUCAGUUCUUGCCAAGCCUUGUGAAAAGAAUGUGGAGAGCUAUUCAAAGAAUGAUAAACUUGAUAUGCCAGAUCAAGUUGUUGUGUCAAAGCUACUUAAGCAAUCAAGUAGAGGUGAGGCAGAGAUUUUAAGUUAUCCCAAGCGGAGAAGGUCAGCUCGUAUUUCACAAGAUCAAGUUAACGAGGCAGAGAGUAGUUCAUAUCCUGAUUUUGAUACUCCAGCUAAAUCUAAGGAGCCUUCAAAGAAUGUAUCCCCUAUAUGCAUGGGAGAUGAGUAUCAUAGACUCUCUUGCAAGGAUUCACGUACAUCAAACGCUACAAGGGAGUUCCGUAACUUGACCUCACCAUCAGCGGAACCUAUUCCCGAGACAAAGAGUACAAGAAAGAGAAGAGAUUUGGGUAGUGUACGUGUCUUGUUCAGCCAGCAUCUUGAUGAAGAUGUAACCAAGCAUCAGAAGAAGAUUUUGGCUAAGUUUGAUAUCUCGGAAGCAUCCUCAAUGAUGGAGGCAACACACUUUAUAGCGGAUAACUUUAUGCGCACAAGGAACAUGCUGGAGGCGAUCGCUUCAGGGAAGCCAGUGGUGACAACACAAUGGCUUAAAAGCAUUGAUCAAGUGAAUAUUUACGUUGACGAGGAUACUUACAUACUCAGAGAUUCAAAGAAGGAGAAGGAGUUCGGUUUCAACAUGGGGGCUUCUUUGGCUCGUGCACGACAUAAUCCGCUACUAAAGGGAAGAAGGGUCUUUAUCACCCCAAAUACGAAGCCUGGUUUGAACACAAUCACGACUUUGGUUAAGGCAGUUCAGGGACAGCCUGUAGAAAGAGUGGGAAGAUCUGUCCUAAGCGACGAUAAGGUCCCAGAGAAUCUUCUAGUCUUGUCUUGUGAAGAGGAUCGAGAUAUCAGCAUACCAUUUCUAGAAAGAGGGGCUGAGGUCUAUAGCUCUGAGUUAGUGCUAAAUGGGAUAGUUACUCAAAAACUAGAGUACGAGAGGUACCGUCUCUUCACUGAUCAUGUUAGGAGAACAAGGUCAACAAUAUGGAUCAGAGACGGCAAAGGUAAGUUCCAACGCCGUAGAGGGUGAAGGAAGAAAUGUGAUCACACUCUUCUUUUAUGUGGGGUUGUAUGUAUAUGUAAUAUGUUGUUGUCUUUGGCUUCAACUCUUGUAAUUAUAUACUCUGCUUCGAGUUGCUUAAACUUUUCUAAAGCCCUGAGAGUUAGAUUUUGAGACAUUACAGCAUGGCCGUAUUGUGAAAAAAAAAACUGAACGCUUUAGAUAAAUAUAGUUGGUUGGAUUCGCAAA